CAUCAUAUCAUAACAAAGGUUUGUGGCGGCGUUUGGUGGCAUUAUUGUAAUCAGUGGCAAUGUUGACGAUGAGCCACCUUCUUCUUCCUCUCCACGCGUCCGUGAAGUCUGCCACUUGGUGCUGCUAUGCCUCACUCUCUAUGCCUGAGGCUCAAGUCCUUAAUGGUACUGAUAGAAUCCCCCACCGCCAAGAGAUCCGUCUUGGUUUGCCCAGCAAAGGUCGCAUGUCUUCUGACACCCUUGAACUUCUCAAGGAUUGUCAAUUGUCAGUGAAGCAUGUCAAUCCCAGACAGUAUGUUGCCGAAAUUCCUCAGCUGUCCAACUUGGAAGUUUGGUUUCAAAGGCCUAAAGACAUUGUAAGAAAAUUGUUAUCCGGAGAUCUAGACCUUGGUAUCGUGGGACUUGAUACUGUCAGUGAAUAUGGCCAGAGUAAUAAAGAUCUUAUCCUUGUCCAUGAGGCUCUGGAGUAUGGAGAUUGCCAUUUAUCCCUUGCGAUUCCCCAAUAUGGAAUAUUUGAAAAUAUAAAUUCACUGGAGGAGCUAGCAAAAAUGCCUCAAUGGACAGAAGAUAAGCCUCUGCGAGUUGCUACAGGAUUCACCUAUCUUGGUCCUAAAUUUAUGAAAGAGAAUGGUCUUAAACACGUGGUAUUUUCAACUGCUGACGGAGCAUUGGAGGCAGCUCCUGCGAUGGGGAUAGCUGAUGCUAUCUUGGAUCUUGUAAGUAGCGGCACCACGCUGAAGGAAAACAACUUGAAGGAAAUUGAAGGCGGAGUUGUUUUGGAAAGCCAGGCUGUUCUUGUUGCAAGCAGGAAAUCGAUGAUCCAACGGAAAGGAGUACUUGAAACGACACAUGAGAUGCUGGAAAGAUUGGAAGCACAUCUGAGGGCCAUUGGGCAGUUCACGGUUACUGCAAACAUGAGGGGAAGCAGUGCAGAAGAAGUGGCUGAGAGAGUACUGAGUCAACCAUCGUUAGCUGGGUUGCAGGGACCCACUAUAAGUCCUGUUUUCUGCAAACGUGAUGGUAAGAUAACAGUAGAAUACUAUGCCAUGGUCAUAUGUGUGCCCAAGAAAGCACUAUACAAGUCUAUACAACAACUGAGAGCGAUUGGAGGCAGUGGAGUUCUUAUAUCACCCUUAACUUAUAUUUUUGAUGAAGAAACUCCACGAUGGCGUCAACUCCUAUCUGAACUUGGGCUAUAGCCAUUUAUGAUCAAUUUAUAGAGUCUUUUGCUGCCCCCUGCUCCCUAACGCAGAAGAGCUUUGAGUGUAUGGGGAAAUCUGGAAAAGACAAGGAUACCAAAACUGUGGGUAGAGAAGGUGCUGCUGCUUCUUUUGCAUUGCUUUAUUAUAGAAAAUUUUGUAGCAAGCCUGUAUUUACUUCCUCUGGUUCUCUCCGGAAGACUAGUAGUGGCUAGAAAAGUGACUUUGGAUUUAUUUGAUUUGUGUUCUUGACAAUAGAGAGAACAAACAAACGGUCUUUUGUUUUCAAGAAUUAAGACUCGAAAAGAAAAGAAAAACUU